AUGGAUAUGAGCAGUGAUUCGAGCAGUUCUGACUGCCAAAUUUCUAUGUUAUGGAACUGGUACACAAUUGACGCCUGCUUCCUUUCCACAUCAUGGCACAUUACCAACAACGGCAUGUUUGCCGCAACAUGCAUUGGCGUGAUUCUGAUGGUGGUCCUGCUCGAGUUCCUGCGCCGACUCGGAAAGGAGUACGACGCCCUCAUCCUGCGGCAGUUCCAGAGACAUGUUGCCGCUCAGUCGGUCGCUGCCGCUGCCAAGAAGGAGGCGCCGGAACCCGUUUCGUGCUGCGCGCCGCCGCCGGAUGAGGAGGAAGUCGAGGCCGCCAAACCGGGCCCUAGAACCAUCACCUUUCGCGCCACCCCGCUGCAGCAGCUCAUCCGCUCCGUUAUUCACGCCGUUACAUUUGGUCUUGCGUACAUUGUCAUGUUGCUCGCCAUGUACUUUAACGGCUACAUAAUCAUUUCCAUCAUCAUUGGAGCCGGCAUUGGAAAAUUUGUCUGCGAUUGGAUGGUGCUCAAGGUCGUUGUUGGUCUCGAUGAAUCGAGUGGCGGCGUGGCUGGCAUCGAGGAGCCUACUGUGUGUUGCGGGUGA